AUGGAUGGGGUGUUGGCGAGCGUAUACUUCCUGGUGAAUCAAAGGGGGCCGCCCAAGGAGGACCGGAAGGUCACCAUCCACCCGGAGCAGCGGGUGGUGGGGCUGGAUCCCGGUAAGAGCCCGGACUUCCUGACGGGGGUGACCGUGAGGGGAGACUGGAACGGCAUAGAGCAUCAGAGCGGUGACAUACAUUUCGAGACCAAAGAGUUCUACCACCUAGCGGGGUUCAAGAAGCGCACGUUCCUGAUGAGCCGGUGGAUGGCCAGGGACGUGGAUGUGGCUUGGUUCAACGAGAGAGCCCAAUCCGGAGACGGACUGGGCCUGGAAGAGUUCGGCAGGCGAGUGACGGCGGUCACCGGUAGCAUGUACGCGCUCAUCCGCUUCCACACCGCACGGAGGGUCCGGAAGCUGAGGAGACGAGUGACGGUCGAGAAGCAGCGGGAGGUAGACCGAGUGUGUGCGGACAUCACGGGAGGGAAAGUGGUUGUGGUUGUGCCUUCGUUGAGCAACUUGGCGAUGGGCUGCUUCUGCACGCUCUGUCUCUGUCGCUACGCGUUGGCGCCCUCGCGUGCGCCGUGGUGGUCUUGGACGACGAGUCGGAUGAUGAGAUUUAAGGAAGUAGAACGGCCGAAGUUCUCCCGAUCGGACGGGAUGUUGCUCUUCACAGAACGACGGCUCGCACACGAAGUCCGAGCGAAGAGGCGGGAUGGGGGCGCAGGUGCUCCUCUGCCGGCCUUGUGCGGGGCGCUUCUGGAUUCGACGGGGGACGAGCGGGACGUUCGGACGAACACCAGCAGGAAGAAGCUCCCGGGCUCAGAUGUCUGCGGAUCGCUCAGUUGA